CUCCGCGCAGCGCCGAGCGAGCGCCGGCGGCGGCGGCGUUUGCGCAGUGGAGCUACAUCCGGGCACUGGGGCAGGAUGAAUGCUCCUUUCCAAGAUGGCGGCGGAGGGAGGAGGGAAGGAGAUGAACGAGAUUAAGACCCAGUUCACCACCCGGGAGGGGCUGUACAAGCUGCUGAGCCACUCGGAGUACAGCCGGCCGAACCGGGUGCCCUUCAACUCGCAGGGCUCCAACCCGGUCCGCGUUUCCUUCGUCAACGUCAACGACCAGAGCGGCAACGGGGACCGGCUCUGCUUCAAUGUGGGCCGGGAGCUCUACUUCUACAUCUACAAGGGGGUCCGCAAGGCUGCGGACUUGAGUAAACCAAUAGACAAAAGGAUAUACAAAGGAACACAACCUACAUGCCAUGACUUCAAUCACUUAACAGCCACAGCAGAAAGUGUCUCUCUUCUAGUGGGCUUCUCAGCAGGCCAGGUCCAGCUUAUAGACCCUAUUAAAAAAGAAACUAGCAAAUUAUUUAACGAGGAAAGACUAAUAGACAAGUCCAGAGUAACCUGUGUAAAAUGGGUACCAGGUUCGGAAAGCCUUUUCCUAGUAGCUCAUUCCAGUGGCAAUAUGUACUUAUAUAACGUGGAGCACACUUGUGGUACCACAGCCCCGCACUACCAGCUACUUAAACAAGGAGAAAGUUUUGCAGUUCAUACUUGCAAGAGCAAAUCCACAAGAAACCCUCUGCUUAAAUGGACAGUAGGUGAGGGUGCCCUGAAUGAAUUUGCCUUUUCCCCAGACGGAAAGUUCUUGGCGUGUGUGAGCCAGGAUGGUUUUCUUCGCGUGAUUAACUUUGAUUCCGUGGAAUUGCAUGGUACAAUGAAAAGCUACUUUGGAGGACUGCUGUGUGUGUGUUGGAGUCCCGAUGGGAAAUACAUAGUGACGGGUGGAGAGGAUGACUUGGUAACAGUUUGGUCUUUUGUGGACUGUCGAGUAAUAGCAAGAGGUCACGGACAUAAAUCGUGGGUCAGUGUUGUUGCGUUUGAUCCGUAUACCACUAGUGUAGAAGAGAGCGACCCAAUGGAAUUUAGCGGAAGUGAUGAGGAUUUCCAAGACCUUCAUUUUGGCAGAGAUCGAGCGAAUAGCACGCAAUCUAGGCUAUCCAAAAGGAACUCUACAGACAGUCGUCCAGUAAGUGUUACGUAUAGAUUUGGUUCGGUAGGCCAGGACACGCAGCUCUGUUUGUGGGAUCUUACAGAAGAUAUCCUCUUCCCCCACCAACCUCUCUCAAGAGCAAGGACACAUACAAAUGUCAUGAAUGCCACAAGUCCACCCGCUGGAGGUGGUGGAGCUAACCCAGGAAGUAACGGAAACAGUAUCACAACACCUGGAAACUCUGUACCCCCUCCUCUUCCACGGUCAAACAGCCUUCCACACUCUGCAGUCUCAAACGCUGGCAGUAAAAGCAGUGUCAUGGAUGGUGCCAUUGCAUCUGGUGUUAGUAAAUUUGCAACCUUAUCACUACAUGAUCGGAAGGAAAGACACCAUGAAAAAGAUCACAAGAGAAAUCAUAGCAUGGGACAUAUAUCUAGCAAGAGCAGUGACAAACUGAACCUAGUUACUAAAACCAAAACGGACCCAGCUAAAACUUUGGGAACACCUCUCUGUCCCAGAAUGGAAGAUGUUCCCUUGUUAGAGCCUCUAAUCUGUAAAAAGAUAGCACAUGAAAGACUGACUGUGUUAAUUUUUCUUGAAGACUGUAUAGUCACUGCUUGUCAGGAGGGAUUUAUUUGCACAUGGGCAAGGCCUGGUAAAGUGAGAUAAAGUAUGCAGUACCAAAAAUCAGGAUUUAUGUAUUGGCCAAUAUGGAAAACUUUAAUUACAGGUAAGUAAUUUUCAUGCUGAAGUUAUCACUUUCAAAAUUAAUAUUGCACACUGAUGUAAAUGCCAUAUUGUUUAGGAAGUAUUUACUUAGAAGUUUUCAAAUGAACUUGUUUUUCUGAUAUCACUUGCAUUUCUAGUGAGCUCACUCUGAUGGUGAAAACUGAAUUUUGGUGGCAUGUUUACAGGGGUUUGAUAGAAAACUAUUUGUGCCAGAAGGACGUUAUGAGCAUUCUUUUUGUUUAUAGAAAAGCACUUAAUUUUAUUUAAUGAGAGUUGUCGAAGUAUAAAACACUCAUGGUAAUGUCUUUCUUACUGGGUUAUAUACCAUUUGUUUCUGUUUCACCGCCUGUUUUAUCCUAGGCUAUCCCAUGACUUGGGGGUUUAAAGCUGCUAUUUCUAGUCUUCCUUUUGAAAUAUGGGUCCCCAAGUGAUCUUAAAACUCCAUCACUUUCUUUUUGUCUGCCAACUCUAGAGUGAAAGCCUCUGAAUCUUGCUGCUGCUUCCAUCAUUGCCUCAAAAGGCCUUCCGUAAAUUCCUGGCACUGCCAGCCUAAAGAAAGAAUUGGAUGGAACGCUGAAGCAGACUUGCAGCGUUUAAUACGAUUUGCAUUGAGCCAGUGCUACCUUUCCCUUAUUUCUAGUAGCCAUCAAAAGACACGCGGGAUAAUUGGACAGUGCUCGACAAGGUCUCUGAGUUCUGUGGUUGGUCUGGUGCUGCCCUUAGUGGAAGAAAAUAAGUCCAGAAGCUUCUUUUCAGCUGUGAUCCUUAGGAUAGGCUGUACUGCGCACAGGGUGUCCUCGCAGUUUGUAAGCAAACUUUCCAGACUAUUACAUCACGUGUAUAACAUAAUCAUACCUUGAGCUUCCUCACUGGAUAUGCCAUGCUUAUAUCUCGCUCCCAGUCAGAAUGAGGUCAAGUAAACAGAAAAAAAUUUAUUAAGAAACGAGUGGAUCGAGACUCAGGGUUCCUUAAAAUUAAUGUUUUACUCUCAUUUUUCCUUAGCCUGUUUCUGAGAGAAGGUUCAGGGUAGUAAGAAAAAUAGGUUGCCUUAACAAGAGUAUGGAUUUCCUUAUCUACGUGGUGACAAUUACCUGUCUCCUUUCCCCCACUGAUUUCCCAGUCCGGCAGAAAAUGUAAAUGGUGUUACAGAACUGUUGUAUUUAUCUUAAGACGUAGGGGGAAAAAAUCUGAAGGGAACCAGGGCAGGCUUCACGUCUGACCUUUAUGGCUCCUUCAAACUGAAUUACAGGAACUGCAGAAGCAAUUAAAAACAAAGCAACAUCAGCAGUGAGAAAAAAAAACAAAGCAGGAAAACACUAAAAACAAACAAACCCAUAAACAAGGAGUGAAGUGCGGCCUAGAUGUGCACAACAAGCUUGCUCUGAACUGAAGGGUGAUUUCUGCCCACCACUGUGCACGGUGGCGCAGUUUGUUGCAAUGAAAGCUGCUGCUGAGCUCCUUCCUCCGUCAGAAAGCUCAAGGUAGGAUUGGGCAGAGCCACAAGCAGGUGAAAUGGCAGUGUAUAACCUAGCAAGACAAACACGUUACCAUCUUGUAAAACAAAUGCACAUGGAAUGUAUUUAUUUGACUUAUUGUACAGGAAAAUUUAGACUUAAAUUAUAACAUCCUUGAAUUUUCCAGUUAACUACAAUUGUAGUACAGUAUCAUGUCUUAGUAUGACUUCUGUUUUAGUAAGAGUACUUAAACAUUCAUGCACUAUAUUUUGAGUGAGAUGAGCAGCUAUACGUACUAAUUCUUCCUCAGUGGAAAGGAGCAUUUCAUCGUUACAAUUGAAGUUCAAUUGCUGGUAUCUAAGUACUAUCAAAUAGAUUUCUUUCAACGUGAUACGGUAUCUGUAUAAACUUCAGGGAUGAUUCUAGUAAAACUGAAACACAGCUAUGACUUCAGGUUACCGUGCUGAAAUUUGAAGCUUUCUGUAACGUGCAUAAUAGCAAAGUUGCACAGAGCAUACCCGCAUUAUCAGGGUGAACUUAAACCUAGUACACUGGUGUGAUAUUUAUAGCAAGGUGUGUGUGUGUGUGCGUGUGAGGAGGUGCGGCUCCGCUAAAGCCAGGAAAGACCAUAGCCCUGCAAAGGCUUUAUGAUGAGGAUGUCUGGAUUAGGAAAUAACAUGACUUUUACUAAACACUUUUUAGGAGACCCAUGUUCCGAAUUAUCACCUCUUACAAUUUGGUUAUGUACUUGCGAUGACUGUAUAUGUCUGCCCCUUUAACAAUAUAAAGCUUCUAAAUUAAUAUUUAAAAUGCUGGCCUGCUUAUGUUACAGUAAUAAAAUCUGUGUCAGUUAAUUUACUGUCGAUUUACAUGUAAAAAAGAAAAUUAAACAAUAUUUUUUCUGCAUUUUAUGAAUUCUGUAUACUGGAGUUUGUUAAAGAUUGCCAUGUAGGUGAUACUGUACAAAAUUGUAUUGACUACCUUUAGUGACAACUGAAAGUAAAAUUCAUAUGUAUUUCCUUUUUACACUUCCAUCUAAUUUCUUGACAACUUGAAUAAAUUUCAUAGAGCCUUUCUAACAUGAACUAUUGUUAAUUUAACUGUUGCAAUAAUUAAGCUUUAAGAAGUAUUGUUGGUAUAUUUAUAAUUUUAAGAAAAUCAUGUUUGUUUCAUACUGCUUAUUUUUAGCUGUUCUAUUGUCACUGUUACAGCUGAAGAACUUUACUAAAUACUUGACAUUACAAAAUAACUCGCUGGGGUUGUCCUCUGUAUACUGAUGUUAAAUAAAAAUGUGUGAUUGAACUGUAAAUGUAGAUAACUUUCAAUAGUCCUUUUCCACAUUUGAGUUCUAAUUAACCUAGCAGCCUAUAGGUGGUCCUUUGCUAUCAUGCUGUGCUGAACAAGUGGCCACAAUGCAAACUGUUAAUUUGCCAUGUUUUAAAGUAAGUUGAUCGCAUCCUGUAACCAGCUCUGAGUAAAUGUUUCCCUUCAGCUCAAGAUAAUGCGUACGUUCUGAUGUUUAAAUCUUGCUGAUAAGUAUAUGUAUCAGAAGACGUGAUCUUAUAUGUAUAUAUUUUUUAGGAUUAGAGUAAUACUUAUAAAGCCGUUUACCAACUUUGUUUAAGCUCAGAUUCAAUGAAACACAGACGAGGAUGUGUCUAGGCAGGUUCAGCCUAGCCACCAAGCAGGAGCUGGGCCAGAGCAUUUGCUAUUCCUUCUAGGACUCUACAGGAGCUCUUUCUUCUGCAGACUCUGGUGCAGGGUAUGUUGUUUAUUCCACUGUUAGGCUUUGACAUUUACCUAAUGAAUGCUGAAUCUACAGCCCCGAGGAUAUGGCUUGCUCGGAUGAUUCAUGUGUCUCUAGUCUAGGAAAGCUUUGACUGAUCUGGAAAUAAGCUCAUCUGAACUUGAACUGCUUUAGGUAAAGAUGAAGUUGCACUCUUGCCUUUAUUUAAUACCUUUGCACAAACUUCUUAAGGAAAUAACUUGCUUGGUCACGUUAUUUUCUGUUCUUAAAGUUGGAUGUUAGGUAGGUGCUUAAUCCUUUUGGUUCAUCUCUUCUCAUGCUUAUAUGGUGCUUGUUUUACAACUAACCAAGAUGAGCCUCCCUUAAGUCAUCUGCUUCCCCUCCAGUUUAAAUCCCGGUUUAUUUCUAUUGCAUUAUUUUCUAAUCCAAAAAGUUAAAAACUUUAUUGGUUUUUAUAGUUUGCUGAGACUGGAGAGAAAAGAGUUCUGGCCAUGUGAGCCCUUGCUGCCUAAAUGAAGCUGUGGUUCUUAUUGACUGAGUCAAAUGAGGUUUCUGCUGGAAAAAGCAUUCUGUGCUUUUCCCAGUGCACACUUAGUUGCAUCUUACUCAUCUCUGACAGGAAAAUAAGCAAAAACUCUUCCAUUUGCCAAUCAAAAACUAGUCUUGAAAUAAUUAUGCCUCGUAUUGCUCCACAGGCAAGAUUUUUUGCUAGCCUGCUAGUUUUCUAGCAGCUUUUCAUUGAUCGCAAGCAAGAUGGUGAUGCAUCUCUAUUAGGGGAAAUACUCCUUUGGGUACACAGAAGUGAAGCUGCAGGUGCAGUCUGCGUGUGGUGACUGACUAUGUGCUGUUAGGAGACCUGAUAGGCCAAAUGGUUCAAGAAGUGACGCUUCUCUUCAGCAGCUCUAGAAUAAAACUAAGCCAUCAGUUUGGCUCCUCCUGAGUCCCAUACGGAGCGUUUCUCUGUGGCAGGUUUUGUCACUGUUCAGCUUUGUCACUUCCUUGAAACUCCCCGAACAUUGUUCAGUGAUUAAUUUGACUCCAUCUGAGACUGAUUUUAGUGAGUAUCUGAUUUAGUAAAGAUAUGCAGUUCAGUGAUUUAAGCUAAUAAACGCUGACUCAUCUGGAUAAGAAACUGUUGGCCAUUUGUUUGCACUAAUCUUAAUCCAGUUCAGCUGAUUUGACUGCGGGAUUUUAAACCAAUGUGAAAAAUCUCAUUUCCUUUGAGCAUUUUAUUGCUUAAAUGCAGAAUUAGGCUGUGGGCUCUUCUGUCGAGUGAGGCUCUCAGUCAGGAUGACUUUUUGUUUCAGGUGAGUCUUUGAAUAUCAGGGUUUUGAACACAAACUGUGUGUGCAGUGCUUUGCCAAUAACAGUUAUUUCAUAUAUUGGCAAUAGCAGUAACAACAUAACUGAUCAAUGGCAUUUUUCAUGGGCGUUCCUUAAUUCCAUUGCUGUUUGUUGCUGGCCUCAUUGCAUUAGUGACGUGUACUGUGGGACCUUUUAGCCUGUGUGUGUCCGGAAAGUUUUCUAUAUUGGUUGUAUUUGCACUGGACUGCUUGCUUUGCUUUUUUUUCCACCCUGCUUUUUGAUUUCAAAGCAAAACAGAAGCGUGCAGAGCUCUGCUGUCCAGCCAGCUCCCCAGUCACUGCUGCUACCAUCCAGGCGGUGCUGUGUGUGCCAGCAGAGCUGUGCAGCAGCUUUACAGUGAUGUGACCAUGUGUCCAAAUGUGCCAUUUGUUGUCUACGUUAUUGACAUCUUUGGUUCCAGUUGGUUCUUUACUAUUUUAUAUAAAGAAAAUAUCAACUCUCUAGUUACUGAUGGCUUUUAUUCCUGAUGUAUUUUUCCAUUCAGUGUCUCAUCCUGAUCUUUCGCACUGUUUCCAUUGGGAAACUUUGUGUUUUGUAUAAUCAUCUGAGGAAAAAGACAAACAACUCCCUGCCAUCUCAGGAAUUGCAAGGGCUGCUUCCCAAGAGACCACAGGGCUGAGAGCUGUGCAAUAGGAUGGGGAUCAUUUUGAUUGCAUUUGUUACAGCCUUUUAUUCCCACGCAAGCCUAUCAAUAUGCCUUCAGUGUUUUUACUAAAUACUCAAAGCGUUAGGUGUGCUGGGACGUCAGAGAAUGCGUGGAUCAAUGUGGUGUGGCAGUGUGCCCUGAAACAGCGUGUGUGCUGCUCCUGCCUUGCUAACUGAUGGCAGAGAAACAACCCAGCCCUCUGCCGGAGAGCCCCAGUGUUACAGCAGUGAUGCAGCACCUCCUUGGGGCUCUAUUUGAGGUUGUGAUGGAGGUGGUUUUAUCCAGUUCCUGAUCUGAGUUUUGUAACCGCUCUGUUUCUCACCCCCUGCUGGCAUCACGUGCUGACAAAAUAACAGUGCUAAUAAAAGGCUGCAUUUAUUGUCAGAACUUUUUGGAACCAUCUCUUGGUUUGUCUCUGUUGCGUGCUGAGUGCGGCCUGCUCUUAAACCAAGCUGAGCUGUGGUGUGUGCCCUUCAGCACAGGUCAGCAGCCGCACUAUCUCCUUUGUUCCCUUUCUCUGUCGCAUCUAUUAGGCAGCAGUUUCUGUUGCUCUAAUGAGGUGCUGCAGGUUUUGUUCCAUCCUUCAGUGCCCAGCUGCCCAGGCAGGGUGGUUUCACCACAGAAAGUGCUGUGCUCUGAUCCCUUCAUCCUUUGUUUCCAUGCAGGAACUUUGGAGAUUGUAGUAACAUGCAGAGUGUUGUCAGAAAUACUGCAGUCCCACAGCCUUUGUGUUACAGAUCAGUCUGACACGGUAGUUCUUGUACCAAAACUUUUUUUUUGGAGCAGUCUUUUCUAAGCAAGACUUCCUAAAGCAUCUUUACUGUGGCAAAGCUCCAUAGAAUCCUUCUUGCUACUCAGGACCCACCUGGAAUUCUUACCUGGAAUGCUGUAGAACUUUCACACCUGAAGCCCUGACCUUGAUUCUUGCUUUCCAUUUGUCUUUCUUAUUAAAGAUUGGAAGUAAUUCCUUGUGGAUGUCUUUUUCCAGGGCACAUGAAUUUUGCGUAGUGGAUGUAAUCUUCUUGCAAGAAAGACCUUCUAGUUGUUGCUGGAUUUAAUUGACUUCUGAAGAAGGCUUCGGUAAAUGAACUAUAGAGUUCUGUUUUGUCUUCCUUGCUUUGCAGUCGUUGGUAAAAGUCAUCAGGAGUGCUUCAGGAGUUUGUUUGCUUGAAAACUUUGCCCUCUCGUUACUCCAUAACUGAUAACAAAAAAACUUGUUCUUCUUGCUGAAAAUGCAGUGACUCUGUGUUGAGCCCAGCCCAUCCAGUCCCCCUUCCACCUCUGUCUGUCAUCAGGGUUUUCUUCCAUCAGUUGUGACUUCUCAGUUCUGGGACCCAAGCAAGAAAGAGCUCCUGUAGAUUCUGAAGAUGUGCCCUAGUUCUGCACUGUGUGUAACUGCUGCCCAAACAUGUCUGGUUUGAUGGAUCUGAGUCACAGGAACUUUGUUUUUGAGGUAAGAAACUAAGCUGGUAGAUCCUGAAAGGAAUUAUAGUGCAGGUGGCACAGUGAUAGUCACUGGUGUGCUUCCAGCUUAGUUGCCAUUGAGUGAGUCUGCUGGCAGUUGUUUUAAUUAAAUGACAGUGCAAGAAAAUGAAAUUGCAAUUCGACAUUCAACUGUGAACUGGUGCGAGGUUCCUUUUAUGUGAAUGAGUAAAAAGGGGCUACUAUACUUACAUCGAAAGUGGGGCCUUUUGCCCGUGUUGUGGCUGCCUUAAUUCAGAACGAUGGCCCCUGCUGAGCGAGGGCUGCCACACAGGAGCAGAGUUAGCCUUGAAAUACAGUCUCAUUGUAUUAGAACGGCAGUGCAGUUUGAAUAAGUUCUGAACACAAGCUUAAGUUGUAAUGGGAAAUGGUACUGACCUCUUGCUCAGUGUGUCAUUCUCCUUACAACGACCAAACUCAGUUAUUGGUUAGAGAACCUAUUUUUCUUUUUAAAGCUUGUGUUAUUCAAUAGCAUAUAAGAGACUGAACGUUCUCCUGUAUCAGGUUAGUUGUCAGCCUUGCUGCUAUUGAAAUAGGUUCAUUUGUUCCUACCCCCAAUAAAAUGCUCACUGUUUUGGUGUAUGAUCUUUAAAGCUGCACAGCUCGCAGCGCCUCAGAGCACAAGGCAGCACGAGGCAGGCUGGAAUCAGUGCUGGAAUCCUGUGCACCACGCGUCUGAAACGCACACUGUCCUGACUGACUGAAAGCUCUGUUGUGUGCUGCUGACUGAUACAGUAGUACUGAUACAGUAGUGGCUUAGGUUCUUUGGUGGGGGAAGCAGGUGCUGAUACCUACAGUAAGCAAGUGGUGGUAAAACUAAAUUGUACUAAUUUUAGCUUCAGGCUAAUAAUUUGAUAGAAGUACUCUCAGGUUCUCUUGCUGGAUUAAUGUAAACUGCUUUGUUUGCAGGGUUUAUUGUCAUCCCAAAACCAGGCCAAUUCUCCAAGUGGAACUGUAGUAUAGCCACCACACUACUGCUAGCAAAUCUCUGAACACAGGACAAGAAGUAAUGGCAAUGGAACCAGGAGCUGUUCUUCAGGCAAAGAGCAUCACAAAUUAUAAUGUGGCAGAGUGUUAACAUGGAUUUAUGUGAAUCACAUAGUAAUUGGAAAAGGAAUAAUGUAACGAGUCCUUCUUACAGCUAAUCCUGAGCGCUGCUCACCCAAGGAAGUUUUCAUGUUUAAAAAGAAAAAGCUUCCUUUGGUGCUGCAGUUGAUAAAAAAUAGUAACAUUUUUGGUUUUCUUUAUACUUUUAAAGUCCGGUGUAAUUUAAUCUAUAUAUAUAAAUAUAUAAAUAAAAUAUAUAUAGUGUAAAAUAAAGUAUGUUUCUUAAAUUGAAGUAAGUUCAAUGGUUAAAUUAGUACUUCACCAUUGUUUAUUUUGCACUGAUUUUUUUAACCAGAGAUGGCGAGAGGACAGCCUGGAAUGCACUCAUAGAACAUGAAAGUCAUUACUUUCCGGCUUCAAAUGUUAUUCAGGAAGAUGGAUGCUGCAAUCAUAGAUUUUUAAAACAGAAUUGUUUUGCACUUAAAUAGUUUAAUGCUAAUAGAAAAUUACUUUAAAAUCGGUGUCCAAACACCAGAAAAACUAUGUUGUGGAGAGAAGAUCCUUUGUAUCUAUUAAACAUUUAUUUUAAUAUUGUUGUUUCCAACUGCAAUCAGCUCUGUAUUAUAUGUAUAAAUAAUGUAACUCAGUGAUGGGAGGGGAUUAAUGGAUCAUUACACUAGAAACUCAGUCAUUUAAGAAAGUGAUAUUUCUAAUUCAGAAAAUACAUAUUAAACUAUCUUGAAUAUGCAUUUUUUGUUUACUUUCUGUUCAGAUCUGAUCAGUUUUGAUGUAAUCAAUCCUUUGUUGAAUUAAAUGUUUGGUACAGAAAUAUAA